AUGAGCUUUCCCAAUGCUUUUGCCUUGCUGGGCUUCUCAGAGUUUCCGUGGCUGGAGAGGCCCCUCUCUGCAGUGGUCCUGGUCUCCUACAUCCUCACCCUGCUGGGAAACAGCUCCAUCAUCCUCCUCUCCCUGGUGGACCCCAGACUCCAGAAACCCAUGUACUUCUUCCUGGACAACCUGUCUCUGCUGGACCUCAGUGUGACCUGCACCAUUGUGCCCCAGCUACUGACCAACCUCUGGGGACCAGACAAGACCAUUGCUGCGUGGGGCUGCAUCACACAGCUCUAUGUUUAUACCUGGGUGGGUACUACUGAAUGUGCCCUGCUGGCCGUGAUGGCCAUUGAUCGCUAUGUGGCCAUCUGCAAGCCCCUCCAGUACACUCUCAUCAUGCGUCCCUGGGUGUGUGUGAAGAUGGCAGCUGCCUCCUGGUGCAGUGGCCUGGCCAGUUCCCUGCUCCAGGCCACACUGACCCUCCAGCUCCCAUUCUGUGGUCACCACACCCUGGACCACUUCUUCUGUGAAGUACCUGUGCUCAUCAAGCUGGCCUGUGGGGACACCACCUCUAAUGACCUGGCAAUGGUUGUAGGAAACAUACCCUUUGCAAUGUUGGCUCCCCUGCUGGUGGUCAUCUCCUACACCUUCAUUGCCAGGGCUAUACUGAAGCUCCCUUCAGCUGAAGGAAGACACAAGGCACUCAGCACCUGCAGUUCCCACUUGCUGGUUGUCACCCUGUUCUUUGGGCCAGGCAUCUACAUGUACCUCCAGCCUCCAUCCAAGACUUCUCAAGCCAAGUUUAUGUCCUUCUUCUACUGUGUUAUCACCCCAAUUCUCAACCCACUCAUCUACACCCUGAGAAACAAGGAUGUGCAGACAGCAUGGAAGAGGAUCCUGCAAUCCCAGGGCAGGCUAAAGUCCUGGAAACCCAGAUGA